GGCAUCUCUCAAGUCGGUUUCUCUCCACCAACACAACAUUGUCUUUCUAUUUCUGGUUUCCUCUCUUUCCUUCUGCAUUCCAAAGAUUCAGCCUUCAAUAUUCAAAUUUGAUAAAUUGUCAUUCUCGUAGGUAUCGGAUAAGAGGAAAUGGGGAUAACAUUUUCCUGUCCAUUUGCCAAUUUUGAGGAUUUGGAUACUCGGGUUGAAUCUUAUUUGGUAAGAACAUUAAGUUUAGGAAGUGAAGAUAUGAGGACUGCAUUACAGCCCAAGAAUUUCAAUGACCAAAUUACUAGAAAAUCAAUAUUGAAGUCUUUUGGUUCUGGAAAUAUGAUCCUUGAGGGAACUCUUACCUAUAAAAGGAGAGAAUUUGAGGCCAAGAUUGCACUUAAGACUCUUGUAUCCGAUAAGGAGGACAAGAAGAUCAUUAGGUCAGACAUUAUAUGGAACAGAGAAGAAGUUUCUCCGAAAUUGCAUAACAUAUCUGAGAAAGAUACUAGGAUGCUACCAGCAGAGUGCGGAAAACGUAGAGAUCAAGCUGCUGUAAAGUUGCAGAAGACAUAUAAAAGUUUUCGUACCCGAAGACAGCUAGCUGAUUGUGCUGUUCUAGUUGAGCAGAGAUGGUGGAAGCUAUUAGAUUCUGUUGAACUCAAGCACAGUUCUAUAUCAUUCUUUGACACUGAGAAACCUCAAACUGCUGUUUCUCGCUGGUCAAGAGCAUUAACUAGAGCUGCUAAGGUGGGUAAAGGUCUAUCCAAAGAUGGAAAAGCGCGUAAGCUUGCUUUGCAGCAUUGGCUUGAAGCUAUUGAUCCUCGACAUCGCUAUGGUCAUAAUCUUCGAUUUUAUUACACCAAGUGGCUCCAAGCUGACAGUAAACAACCCUUCUUCUAUUGGCUGGACAUCGGUGAAGGUAAAGAAGUGAAUCUUGAGAGGUGUCCUAGAUCAAAACUUCAACAAGAAUGCAUCAAGUAUCUUGGUCCGAUAGAGAGGGAGGCAUAUGAAGUUGUCAUUGUGGAUGGAAAAUUCAUAUACAAGCAGAGCAGAAGGCUGCUAGAUACAAGGGGAGGCCCUCAAGAUGCAAAGUGGAUCUUUGUGCUUAGCGUGUCCAAGAUUUUGUAUGUCGGGAUGAAGCAAAAAGGCACAUUUCAGCAUUCAAGUUUCUUGGCUGGUGGCGCCACAUUGUCUGCGGGGAGAUUAGUGGCGGAAGAUGGUGUUAUAAAGGCGGUCUGGCCUCAGAGUGGACAUUACCUCCCGACAGAGGAGAAUUUUGAAGCAUUCAUGUUAUUUCUUAAGCAACAGAAUGUUGAUGUCUCAGUUGUUCAGAAAUUCACCAAUUAUGAGGAGGAAGCUCCCUUUAUCAGGAAGGAAUGCGGUGUCAACAUACGUAAUAACUUAUCAGCCCCAGAUUUUAGCCAAUCCAAUGAAGAGAGCAACCUCAAAAGCUCAGACACAAAGAAGAUUGAUUCUACUAACAAGGAUGACUUAGGGAAGUCCCGAGUAUCACGACCCAAAAUUGCUGUUGAAAUACCAGAAAGGGAGGGCAUUCUCGAGUUGUUUAAGGAGACUGGCCAAGAACCAAAAGACAGCAUGUUGCAGCCUGUGGAAACUCCAGCAGAUGGAUAUGAAACACCAGAUGAAUAUUUAUCAGAUACGGAAUGUUCAGUUUCAAAGAAGAAUUUAUUUGAUCAUGAAAAUGAAGACGAGAACAAAGAACCUGUCCCCGAAGAAAAGAUAAUCAAGAGAAUAAAUUCACAUAUAGGUAAAAAGUCAUAUCAAUUGGCUCAUCAAUUUUCUUGUAGAUGGACAACGGGAGUUGGACCUCGUAUUGGAUGCAUGAGGGACUAUCCAUCCGAGCUCCAAUUUCGCGUUAUGGAGGAGGUGAAUUUGUCUCCAAGAACUGCAUUUUCAACUCCCUCAAGAUCUGCUCGUCGUAAUACUCCUACCAUCUUUUCUAGAGAAGCAAAUGAAGGCAAAAGACCUAGUUUUGAACUGGUGGUAUUCUCUGAAUAAGAUACUCCAUCAGUAAAAAGAGAUGCAAGUUUUGAGUGAUUUGUAGUUUCAGAGAAAUACAAUUAUUCUCACAGUAGGGAAUUUUCUGCUAGGAUUUCUCCUUCAGCAUUUCUCUAUUCCUUACUAAUCGAGAAAUUGCAGUUUUGUUUGUUUGUCUCUUUUCCCUCUUGAAUCAUUUUCCCCCCCUGUACAGCAAGAUGUAAUUAUUCUUUAGUCCAUUCUUUUGAAGAUUAUUUAGAAUAAAAGAUCAAAUAAAGUUUUUUUCUCUCAA